GCGUUCGAACGAGCGGGCCAUCACGUUCCACGCGCCCUGGUAGAUGACGAACGGCGACUUUCCGUGAUCGCGAGCGUACUGGUUGGCCUGCGCGACGAUCCAAGCGGGAGUGUCCGAAACGCCGAGGUACAGGACCUUGCCCUGCACCACGAGAUUGUGCAGUCCGUCCAUGACCUCCUCGACGCUGGUGUCCCAAUCCCACCAGUGCAGGUACAGGAUGUCGAUGUAUUGACCUUUUGGGCGUACUUGUCCUGCCGUGCUUUGAACCCAGUCGUAAACUAGGGCGGCACAGUCAAUGCCACCGUGAAUGAGACUCAAAUCUGGUGCACCUUGGU